AACGCAAACAUAUUAUAAUAUACGCUGUAUAUAAAGCUCGUUUAUUGUAUUUGCAUUUUUUCGGAUAAUUUAUUGUGUUUAUAAUAUACCUAAAUAAAAUUAUACUUCGAACGCUCGGAAAUAUAAACACUACAGUAUCAUCGAUGUGAUACGAGCUACCUGUGCGACUGCCGCUCUGCAAAUAAUGAACAUACGACCGUUAAAAUUGAGUCCUCUGGCCAUGAUCGCGCCGGUAUACUACGCGUGUAAAUUAUUCGGCAUUUUGCCGGUGAGUUACGCGAGUUGUGGAAAAAUUCCGUAUAAAAAUACGGUACACUUCAUAGGGAGGAGAGACGAGAACGUCCGCGAUGGAUGUUUUCACGUGAGCAACAGCGGUCUGGCAUUGUGGGCCGCCCAGCUGGCAUUGCAGACGUGGGCCUUUGUCCGGAUGUGUUUCUAUCUGGGCCACACGCUGAUGCAACGACAAUCGCUCAACUGCUCCCGAGAUAACUAUUGCAGUGUGUUUGGCAUGUUGAUUUCGCAUACGGUCAUCAGCCCGAUCGUCGUAUCCUUGGUCCUGGUCCGAUUGCCUAAGUCCGUCGACGUGCUUAACAUGACCGCUCGGUUGCUACUCCGGUCCAGAUACCCGCGACGACGACUAUCACCCAAAGCGUUCGUAGUCAUACUGUUCUCCGCCGUCAUCGUCUUCAAGCUGGUCACCACCCUCAUGAACAUACCACAAAAGUACCCCGACCUCUAUUAUCCGUAUUUCACCGCAUACAUGGUACCCAUUGUGUUCAUAAACCUGGUCAGCAUCCUGUGUGUGGUCGCCCAACAGUCGUACGAGGACAUCAACAGAGAGUUAGAAGAAUUGUGCGAAGUGAAUUCAAAAACCGAACGAGCGAUGCGAUUAAAUGAACUAAUGAACGACCACUGGUUUCUGGAGGACUACAUGGAGACUAUGUCGGACACUUUUGGACCCGAAUUGAUAUUCACAAUAAUGGACAUUUACGUACAGCUAUUGUUGUUCAUGUAUGUAAUGAUAUGGGAUACAGUUGUCCGUCGCGUGUUUAAAGACAACGCGUAUCCGUAUAUCAGUGGUGUCAUCGAGUCGAGUAUUAUUGUAGGAAAAUUUGUUUACCUGUGCUAUAGGUGUGAUUCUUCUGUCAAAGAGAGCAAAAAGAUCAUUUUUCACUUGAAACACUUGUCUUCGAAGGUGGCAAAUGAUUUGAAUUCUCAAACCAUUCUAAGGUUAUUUACACUUCGCGUUAACAGUCGUGCAGUGCAGGUUACAGCUUCCGGAUUUUUCGACAUAAAUCUAUCACUUUUGUUUGCGACUGCUGGUGUUGUACUGAUAUACUUUUUGGUGUUGGUACAAUUUCAAAUGGAAGGCUACAAACAGAUGUUAGUAUCCAAUUCUAGUGAUGCAGUUGUAGCGGUGGUCUGUCAUUCAUGGCCUUGUCUUGAGAGGGAUGUCCAAGAUUAAUUGCAUUAAUUUUAAAUCAAAAUCAUAUCCAUUUACUACUUAACAUUUGAAAUAUAUUAAUUUUUAAUUUUUUUUUCGGUUAUAUAUGAUUUUUCUUAAUACUUAAAGUAGGUAGGUAUAUAUAAACAGAACGUAUAAUAUCUUAUAGCUUUUUCUCUCUGAAAAUGUAUUAAUAACCAACAUUUUGAAACGAAAUAUAGUUAAACCGAAAAAUGUAUAAAAUUUAUUAUUCUGCAUUCUCUGGUUGCAUUGUGGAAUAGCAUUGUAGAUUUCCGUCCAUGGUUAUUGUUAAUACGAACAAAUCAAUAUAUUAUAGUAUUCGAGGUUACGCAAAAAAAAAAUAAUAAGAAUAAAAAUAUUCUA